AUGGGCCAGUUAUUGGAAAAGGCAAACCAAAAACAAAUAAGUUAAAUUCUAGAAGAGUAAUUAUUUUCGCUUAAAAAAAUCACAUUAAAAGAACUCUACGAAUGCAUCGAGAUAAUAGAUUAGCAGUAUCCGACUUCUUAUAGAUUAUUUUAUGAAGAAUUCGAUUAAAUUUUUGGAAUUCUAAUGGAUGAUACAGAGCCAAUAUUUAAUAAGCUCUCUGAGCAGGUUUCCAAUAAUAAAGAGUUAAAAAUGGCUGAUGUUUAUGAAUGUCUCGCUUGCUUCGCUUUAUUUAGUGGAGAUACUUUCGAAAAUAAAAUACAAUUUGUAUAUCGACUAUUUGAUUUUGAUUCCUCAAACACAAUUGAGAAACAAGAGCUUAUUUUUACUAUCUCGUCUGUGAUAAAGAGUUUAUGCAAAGUAGUAGGAGUGCCUGUUCCUAAAAUUGAAUUUUUAGAAUCUUUAGCAGAUGCUUGUUUCUUGAUGAUAGACAAAGAUCAUUCACGCCAUAUUGACUUUGAGGAAUUCGCUGAUUGGAUUAAUAGAAAUUUUGAAUUUUAAGACUUCCUUUUAAAGUUUUCAGGUACUUAAAGCUACCCUAAUGCCAAAAAACGCAUGAAAGAAAUUAUUUCUGUGUAUGACCAAGAUUUUAUGAGAGAAAGUAAAGGAUAGGUUGUAAUCAAAGGAGAUCAAUUAAAAGAACUACUUUACAAUUAAUUAAGUGAAUUUGAAGAUAAAGAAUUAAUAGGAUAUCUAUUUUCUGUAAUAGUAGAAACAAGUAAAAGGUUUUAGGAUAUGAAUGUUUACUAAGAUGAUAUUAAAGAUUUGAAUAUCCACAAAAGAGACUACUUGGAUGUAAUGAGAGCAUGGUGUGCAUUUAGUGCAAGUGAUGUAAAUAACAAAAAUAGAUUGAGUGUUCAAGAUCUCAGAAUUUUACUUUGGAUUUAUGAGGACGAAGAACCUAAUACGUUUAAAGUAAUAGCUGAAAUGAAUAAUAUUGACGAAGAUUAAUCAAAGACAAUAGAUAGAAAAGAAUGGAUCAGAUACCUCUGUAGUGAAGAUAGAACUGGUGGGCAUGUUUUCAAGAGCAAUUUAAAAAGAAACUUUGAAAAAUUUGAGAAACCAACAAACGGGUUAGUUGAUGUUUCAAAUAUUAAAGAAAUUCUAAGAGAAGUAUUUAGAGAAAAAAUAGUAAAAAGCAAGAAAAACAGAGCUGCAUUGGAUAAUAUAAAUAAAUUGAUUGAUAAGCUAUGUAUCGAUAUAACAAAAGAUUUGAGGUAAAAAGAAUUGACAGAGCUCGGAUGGGGCGAUUUUAGAAAUUAUAUUGACUAAGCCAUUGAUAAAAAUAAAAAACUCUGCCAAUAUUUGGAUUAGAAUAUCUGA